AUGAAUCACCAGGUGGACCAUCUGGUCAAAAAGACAUGGGCUAAAUUCUGCAAUACCGCCGACGACGCCCGCUUAAUGAUAGCCGUUAGCGGCAUCCCAGGCUCUGGCAAAACAGCACUAGCAAAUAUGAUGACACAACGCAUCAACGAGAUCUACCUCUCUGAAAACCCCCACGGAACACCCGUCGCCACUGCCCUCCCAAUGGACGGGUACCACUAUACGCGCGCGCAGCUAUCAGCCAUGCCCGACCCAACACGCGCAUUUUCACGCCGCGGCGCAGCAUUUACGUUUGAUGGAGAGAAGUUCCUGCAGUUGGUGCAGGGGUUGCGGGAACCGUUGACCUCGGAAGCGAAGAAAAUCUACGCGCCUAGUUUUGACCAUGCCGUUAAGGACCCUGUGGAUGAUGACAUUGUCAUCCCGGCGUCUUGUCGGGUGAUUUUCUUCGAAGGGAACUAUCUUUCGCUCAACAAAGAGCCAUGGAAUAAGGCUGCGGCGCUUAUGGAUGAGCUUUGGUUUGUUGAUGUUGAUUUCCAGGUUGCGAGGAAGAGGUUGGUGAGGAGACAUGUUAAGGCGGGGAUUGCGAAGGAUGAGGUCGAGGCGGAGAAGAGGGCUGAUGAGAAUGACUUGGUAAAUGGAAAGGAGAUUUUGGAUUUCAGGAUGCCUGUUCAAGAGAUUGUUUCGAGUAUCUAUGAUCCUACUUGGGAGAAGGCAUAG